AUGAUAACAUCUGGAGACGAUAUUGUGGAGAAAACUUUUGGUGCAGACAUUCAGAGUCUCAGCGUUGACGAAUUGUCUCGCAGAGUAAUAUUGGCUUCCACAAAUGCUGUCACAUUGGAUAUCAAUCAUCGGAUAAUGGAAAAACUGGAUGGAGACUUCGUCACAUACAGCAGCGCUGAUGAAAUUAUCUCCGAAGGAAACGAAGCAGUUGAUGGACUGUAUCCUGUAGAAUUCUUGAAUGCCCAAACACCGUCCGGCUCACCUCCACACAAGCUACGGUUAAAGGUUGGAGCAGUUGUCAUGUUGAUACGCAAUCUGAAUAAGCAAAAAGGACUCUGCAAUGGAACCAGGCUGAUAGUUCGUCGAUUGCACGAGCACUUCAUCGUUUGCGAAAUAAUAUCGACGAAUCACAAGGGCGAUAUGGUUUUCAUAACACGGCUGGACAUAACGCCCAUUUCGCCAAUUUCCACUUAUACCAGCGUUUGCCAUUACCAUCAACAAAUCCCAAGGACAGUCCUUCGAAAUUGUCAGCGUCAUACUGAAGGAACCGGUGUUUGGGCAUGGCCAACUAUACGUGGCAUUGUCGAGAUGCAGGGAUCGGAGAAAUAUAACAGUUUUCAUUCCAGAAGGAAGCCGCCAAGGUCAACUUCUUCAAGAUGGUCGUUGGUUCACUGA